AUGACCAAUGAGAAAAAUCUACAGCUUUGCUCAAUGCCUUCGUCUGAAGAACAUACAGAGACGAAUGAACGGCAAUCCACUGAAAAAUCAAGUGCAAACAAAGGUGCUCAAGACGAAGCUGACAUGACCAUUGAGGAAUAUUUACGUCUUUGCUCAAGCCCUUCGUCUGAAGAAGCUACAGAGACGAAUGAACGGCAAUCCACUGAUAAAUCGAGUACAAACAAAAAUGCUCAAGACGAAGCUGACAUGUUCAUUGAGGAACAUCUACAGCUUUGCUCAAUGCCUUCGUCUGAAGAAGCUACAGAGACGAAUGAACGGCAAUCCACUGAAAAAUCAAGUGCAAACAAAGGUGCUCAAGACAUAGCUGACAUGACCAAUGAGAAAAAUCUACAGCUUUGCUCAAUGCCUUCGUCUGAAAAACAUACAGAGACGAAUGAACGGCAAUCCACUGAAAAAUCAAGUGCAAACAAAGGUGCUCAAGACGAAGCUGUCAUAACCAAUGAGGAACAUCUACAGUUUUGCUCAAUGCCUUCGUCUGAAGAAGCUACAGAGACGAAUGAACGGCAAUCCACUGAAAAAUCAAGUGCAAACAAAGGUGCUCAAGACGAAGCUGUCAUAACCAAUGAGGAACAUCUACAGUUUUGCUCAAUGCCUUCGUCUGAAGAAGCUACAGAGACGAAUGAACGGCAAUCCACUGAAAAAUCAAGUGCAAACAAAGGUGCUCAAGACGAAGCUAACAUGACCAUUGAAGAAUAUCUACAGCUUUGCUCAAUGCCUUCGUCUGAUGAAAUUACAGAGACGAAUGAACGGCAAUCCAUUGAAAAAUCAAGUGCAAACAAAAAUGCUCAAGACGAAGCUGACAUGUUCAUUGAGGAACAUCUACAGCUUUGCUCAAUGCCUUCGUCUGAUGAAAUUACAGAGACAAAUGAACGGCAAUCCACUGAAAAAUCAAGUGCAAACAAAGGUGCUCAAGACGAAGCUGUCAUAACCAAUGAGGAUCAUCUACAGUUUUGCUCAAUGCCUUCGUCUGAAGAAGCUACAGAGACGAAUGAACGGCAAUGCACUGAAAAAUCAAGUGCAAACAAAGGUGCUCAAGACGAGGCUGACAUGACCAUUGAAGAAUAUCUACAGCUUUGCUCAAUGCCUUCGUCUGGAGAAGCUACAGAGACGAAUGAUCAGCAAUCCACUGAAAAAUCAAGUGCAAACAAAGGUGCUCAAAACGAGGCUGACAUGACCAUUGAAGAAUAUCUACAGCUUUGCUCAAUGCCUUCGUCUGAAGAAAUUACAGAGACGAAUGAUCAGCAAUCCACUGAAAAAUCAAGUGCAAACAAAGGUGCUCAAGACGAAGCUGACAUGACCAUUGAGGAAUAUUUACGUCUUUGCUCAAUGCCUUCGUCUGGAGGAGCUACAGAGACGAAUGAUCAGCAAUCCACUGAAAAAUCAAGUGCAAACAAAGGUGCUCAAGACGAAGCUGACAUGACCAUUGAAGAAUAUCUACAGCUUUGCUCAAUGCCUUCGUCUGGAGAAGCUACAGAGACGAAUGAUCAGCAAUCCACUGAAAAAUCAAGUGCAAACAAAGGUGCUCAAGACGAGGCUGACAUGACCAUUGAAGAAUAUAUACAGCUUUGCUCAAUGCCUUCGUCUGAUGAAAUUACAGAGACGAAAGAACGGCAAUCCACUGAAAAAUCAAGUACAAACAAAGGUGCUCAAGACGAAGCUGACAUGACCAUUGAAGAAUAUCUACAGCUUUGCUCAAUGCCUUCGUCUGACGAAACUACAGAGACGAAAGAACGGCAAUCCACUGAAAAAUCAAGUGCAAACAAAGGUGGUCAAGACAUAGCUGACAUGACCAAUGCGAAAAAUCUACAGCUUUGCUCAAUGCCUUCGUCUGACGAAACUACAGAGACGAAUGAACGGCAAUCCAUUGAAAAAUCAAGUGCAAACAAAGUUGCUCAAGACGAAGCUGAUAUGAGCAUUGAUGAAUAUCUACAGCUUUGCUCAAUGCCUUCGUCUGAUGAAAUUACAGAGACGAAUGAACGGCAAUCCACUGAAAAAUCAAGUGCAAACAAAGGUGCUCAAGACGAAGCUGACAUGACCGUUGAAGAAUAUCUACAGCUUUGCUCAAUGCCUUCGUCUGAUGAAAUUACAGAGACGAAUGAACGGCAAUCCAUUGAAAAAUCAAGUGCAAACAAAAUUGCUCAAGACGAAGCUGAUAUGAGCAUUGAUGAAUAUCUACAGCUUUGCUCAAUGUCUUCGUCUGACGAAGCUACAGAAACAAGUGAACGGCAAUCUACUGAAAAAUCAAGUCCGAAAAAAGGUGCUCAAGACGAAGCUGUCAUAACCAAUGAGGAACAUCUACAGCUUUGCUCAAUGCCUUCGUCUGAAGAAGCUUCAGAGACGAAUGAACGGCAAUUCACUGAAAAAACGACUACAGAUAGAGGUUCCCAUGAAGAAGAUGGUAUGACCAUUGAGGAAUAUCUGCUCCUUUUCUCAACUCUUACCCCUGAACCAGCAACAAAGAUGAAAGAAAAGAGAUUUCCGCAAGAAUUGAAUAAGGACAAAGUUGCUCAAAAUGGAAAAGCAGAGACUCAAAGAGAAUCUACAAUGACUGUUGAUGUAUAUUCUACGCCUUUUCCUCGGGAUUCUUACAAUUUGAAUAGAGAACAGUUAUCUGAAGAUUCGAGUACAGACAACGGUGAUAGAUAUAAAAACAAAGAAUUUCAAGAAGAAGACAUGACCGAAGCAGAAUAUCUACUUUCGUGCUCCCAGCCUAACCAUGGCGAAGAAUCAAGCACAAAUGCAGGUCAGUCUUCUGCAGUAUCGAGUAAAGACAAUGUUUAUAGAAUUGAAGACACAAAUGCUCAACAGGAAGCUGGCAUGGCCAUAAAAGAUUAUCCGCUGCGAUAUUCCAAGCCGGUUGUUGACAAAAGCUCAAAGGCAAGUGAAGGGUUGCUUAUUGAAAAGUCAAAUACAGAAAAUGUGGAUGAAGAUACAAUGCUAGAAUUUCAAGGAGAAACUGAAAUGACUGUAGAAGAAUAUUUAAAUUUUUGUUCACAGAAACUAACCGAAAGGAAAAGUGAAGAGCAGUUCCCGUUAAAACCAAUUUCAAACAAUCUCCCUAGUAGAGGCAUGAAUAUGUCUUUAACGGAUGAAAAGGAUCCAAUUCAGGAUUGUGUGGAAUUGUAUUCGUACAAUAUGGCUGAGAAUGCUUCGGAGAAAAACGAUAUCAGAUCAUGGGAUCGAUCAAUAAAGCCCAAGAAAGAUGAGCUACUGUUUGAGAAUAUCAUAAAGGAGUUUGUUCCUGAAGUUCGAGAGGGGGCGGAUAUGAAAUCUAUUGAUGAUGGUUGGUUGAAAAAGGACACAGACACUGUGAUAAGAGAAAGACAUGAGGGGGAUCUCGUUAGCAAAGAGCAAAUUACUACAGAAGCGGAAGAAUGCAAAACAAAGGCACAAAAUAUGGCUGAUAAAGAUAAGGGGGAGAAAAGAACCGAAGCUAGAAAGAGAAAACCUAGUACUGGCUCUCUCGUUGAAUCAGGCACUCUGACAGAGUUAGUACAGAAAAGAAAAGAUAGCAAGGAGGAAACCAACAUAUUCAGCACAUGUGAAGGGAAUGUUGUGAGAAAGACGCUAAAAGAUUUUGAACAUUUUAGAAAAUGUGAAGAAAGUAGCAUUAAGAAUUACACUGAAAGUUUUCCUCUCUCUGGUCAUACACAAAGAAAGUACAGCGCUUCAGAAAUGGUAAAGACAGACUUGCUAACAAUUAAGGAAGAAGUUCGGCAGAAUCAAGAGAACGCUUUUUGUAAGGAGGUAAGUGACUCAACAGUUCCUCUAGAUGUAAAUAUCGCACCUUGGAUGCAUGCCUCGCAAUCAGGACGAGGUAUCUAUAGUGAAGCUAAGAAAAACAAAGGAUCUGAGACCAAAUGGUUGAGCGAUCAAGGAGAUUUGUUGUUACAUGCAAAAAUCCUGGGUAAGCGCCUUAAUGACGAAGACACCAAUGACAAAGAGGCAAUUAUGCGGCUGCCUUAUUCUAGUGUAUUAGAAGGUGAUUUGGAAGAUUUUUCUCAGUUAUCCAGAGCAAGCCCUUGUUUUAGAAUAGAAGAGUCCACUAAUACAUCAGCCACUGAAAAGGAAUUAGCCACAAAUUCUUAUGAGCAACACAACAAAGUUCCAAAGGAUGAGAAUAAUUCUGAGAUUGGUCAUGUAAAAAUUAAGUCUAACAUUUGCGAGCAGUCAUGUCUAGACGACAAGAAACACCAAAUCUCAGAAAAACCUUUGAAUAAGAUUGAACAGGACGCUGAGGAAAAUCGCGAAAGUCUUGGUUCUCUGUUGAAGAAAACUUGUGAGGAAUCAGAGAAAAUACCAGAGGAAAGCUCCAAGGCCACAGAAGUCGUAUUUUACUCACCUGCGUUUGGUAACCUUAGGGAGCAUUCAUUCCUUCAGCCUGUUCAGAUAGGUGGCGAAUUCAACAUUCGUGAAAACAUAUUUUGUAAAGAGGAAUGUGGCGUAAGCAGUUAUCAGUUGGAUCUUAAGCCAAUAGAAAGCUUACAAGAGCAGUACGAGCUACGUCAGGCUGUCAAGAAAAUAUUUUUCAUAGCAAAAAACUUCGAAAAAUCCGGACCUUUUAUUGGUUAUUCAGAAAACAGCAGUUGUGAAACACCUAUGCCGAAACAAUCCGAUACCUUGGAAACCACAGGAGACAACUCAGCCAAGAGGCAUCUUGACAUAAAAACAAAGCGCUUAUACACUAGGCAAAAGGCGUUUGAUAAAUUCUCGUUCCAGCAUUCUGAAGAGCAUGAAAUACUAAGUGGCACAGACGCAAGAACCACAAUGAAUCGAACAGAUAGCGAAAAGCUGGACGAACAAAGGCGAGCAACUUUAGAUGCGGAAGGAAAACACAGAGUUCUUACAAAUGCAAUAUCAACAGAAGAGCCUGAGGUUGGUGCUAACAUCACAGUAGUUUUAAAUGCUGAUGGAAAGUCAAAGAAGAACAAGCUGACAAGGCAAGAGAAACAGAACAUUGAAAACGAUGACAUGGAAAGUUAUGUUAUAUUAGAAGAUAAUGCUGCACCAUUUGAUGAACAAGUCCCCGAGGAGAAAAUUGAGGAAAUGAUCCAGCAAACACCGGAUGGAAGUAGUAAGUCAAACCAAAUGGGUAAGAAAGAUAGACGAAAGCGCAAAACGAAAUCUGACAGGAGAAAGAAAACUUUAAGGCAGUUGUCGAAGAAAGACAGACAACAGAGCGAAGACAAUGACACUGAUGUAUUUUUUGAGGCUGUGACUGACUUAGACAUGGAUGCAUUUGACACUGGCAUGGACACUGCUUUCAAUACAGAAAAUGAGCGCGAAUUGAACUCCAAUGAAUCUUUUGAAGAAAUUUCAAUGGAACACGCGAAAACAGAAGGUCAGAUGAAACGACGUGGCAGCAAUAUAAGUAACGAUGAAGACUGUGAAUUCGAAAUGGUCACAAAACCAGCAAUGUCUGACAGUCAUGAUGAUAGCAGUGACUCUGAGUAUUCCCUUGUUAUAUCAGAAGACGACAGCGUAACAGUUGUUAUGGGCUUUGACAAAGACCUCAAUGCACUAACCAUAGCACCGACAAGCCUUGUGCCACCGAAAGCAAAGUCAGGCUACAGUAGUGAACUUGAAGAUGAUGCAGAGGAAGACGCUGUUCCCAAACGGAAAAGGGAACACAAAAAGAAACAUAGCGGCACUGAUGAUUCUAUCGACCGCCAGGUAGGAAGGACAGAUCAGGAAAACCAACGUUGCAAAAGUAACAAUGAUGCAGACACUGCUGGUAUAGUUUUAGAACAAGACCUAGGUGACACAUAUAAACAAAAGAUGCAAAAAGACACUAACAAGGGUGAGCGUGAAGACCUUGGUACUCAAAUUCUUGAAUAUGAAGUCGAUUGGGAGACAGCAUUGGAUGACGAAAAAUCUGCCGUCGUUACAGUUAAUCCUGAGACUAAUGAGAUCAAAGUGGGUAUGAGAAAAGGUUUGAUAAAAGGAUCUAGAAUGCGAGGAAGGGAGAAUGAUAAUUUGAAAUCAGAUGCACGGAGUUCUGGACUACCAAAGGGCAAAUCAAUGAACAAUCUUGGCAAAGGUAUAGAGGAAAUGUCAGUUGUCUUCAUGAAAGAUGAAGACGGUUCUCAAGAGAAAGAAAGUUCAAAAGAUUGGGAACAAGAUAGAGAAAGAAGAAAACGCCGAAACACAAAUAGGAAUGAAGAAGGUGGUGAUGUUAAUCAGAACGAAGAUUUAGUUCAUAUAGCAGAAAAAGAACAAGAGAAACCCAUUAAGAGUUUUAGAGAAAGCAGAAAGCGCAGAGAAAUGAAUCGAAAUGAAGUGGAUGACAAUGUCGCUAGGAAAGAAGAAAAAGACCACAAAGCCGAAGAAGAUCAAGAGAAAGAAGUAAAAACCUUGAGAGAAAGAAGAAUGCGCAGGGAAAUAGAUCGAGAUGAAGAUGGCGAUGAUGCCGCUAGGAAAGAAGAAAAAGGCCACAAAGCAGAAGAAGAUCAAGAGAAAGAAACAAAAAGCUUGAGAGAAAGAAGAAUGCGCAGGGAAAUAGAUCGAGAUGACGACGGUGAAGAUUUCGAUAAGAAAAGUAAUGAAGUUCAUAAAGUAGAAGAAGAUCAAGAGAAACAAAACAGAAGUUUGAGAGAAAGAAGAAAGCGCAGAGAACAAGAUCGAGAUGAGGACGGUGAUGAUGCCGCUAGGAAAGAAGAAAAAGACCACAAAGCAAAAGAAGUUCAAGAGAAAGAAAUAAAAAACUUAAGAGAAAGAAGAAAGCGCAGGGAAGUAGAUCGAGAUGAAGAUGGUGAUGAUUCCGCUAGGAAAGAAGAAAAAGACCAGAAAGCAGAAGAAGAUCAAGAGAAAGAAGUAAAAACCUUUAGAGAAAGAAGAAUGCGCAGGGAAGUAGAUCGAGAUGAAGAUGGUGAUGAUGCCGCUAGGAAAGAAGAAAAAGACCACAAAGCAGAAGUAGAUCAAGAGAAAGAAGUAAAAAACUUGAGAGAAAGAAGAAUGCGCAGGGAAGUAGAUCGAGAUGAAGAUGGUGUUGAUUUCGAUAAGAAAAGUAAUGAAGUCCAUAAAGUAGAAGAAGAUCAAGAGAAACAAAACAGAAGUUUGAGAGAAAGGAGAAAACGCAGGGAAGUAGAUCGAGAUGAAGAUGGUGAUGAUUCCGCUAAGAAAAAAGAAAAAGACCAUAAAGCAGAAGAAGAUCAAGAGAAAGAAGUAAAAAGUUUGAGAGAAAGAAGAGAGCGCAGGGAAGGAGAUCGAGAUGAAGAUGGUGAUGAUUCCGUUAAGAAAAAAGAAAAAUACCAUAAAGCAGAAGAAGAUCAAGAGAAAGAAGUAAAAAGUUUGAGAGAAAGAAGAGAGCGCAGGGAAGGAGAUCGAGAUGAAGAUGGUGAUGAUUCCGCUAAGAAAAAAGAAAAAGACCAGAAAGCAGAAGAAGAUCAAGAGAAAGAAGUAAAAAGUUUGAGAGAAAGAGGAAAGCGCAGGGAAGGAGAUCGAGAUGAAGAUGGUGAUGAUUCCGCUAGGAAAAAAGAAAAAGACCAUAAAGCAGAAGAAGAUCAAGAGAAAGAAGUAAAAACCUUGAGAGAAAGAAGAAAACGCAGGGAAGGAGAUCGAGAUGAAGAUGGUGAUGAUUUUGCUAGUAAAGAUAAAAACGCCUACAAAACGGAAGAAGAUCUAGAGAAAGAUAUAGAAAGCUUGACAGAAAAAAGAGAUCGGAGAGACCGAAUCGAAAAUAGGGAUAAAGAAGGUAGAAAACAGAAAGAAGAAUCUCAUAAAGCACCAGAUAUCGAAGAGAAGGAAAUUAAGAGCUUUAGAGAAAGAAGAAAAUACAGAGACCAAAACGAAGCCAGAGAUAAUGAAGAUAUUGAAAAGAAAGUUGAAAAAAACUAUGAGAACGCAAACAACGAUGAAAUUAGAAAGGAGAGUUCAAGAACAACACAGCAAGAGGAAGUAAAUUUGCUCAAAGAAGGUAAAGCAGUUGAAAAUGUAGAGAAAGCUAAGCAAGGUGAAGGACAAAAGCCAAGUUCAUCGAUUCAACAGGUGCAAGGAGAAACGGGAAUAAAAAAUGAAGGAACGGAGGAGUACUUCUAUCAAAAUAAAAAAGUGUCUGAUCAAAGUAUUGACACGGGGAUUGAAAGAAGGCGUAAUAUUAAUCCUGAUUUACUAGAAAAUCAGGCACCACUUGAGCUGCCCAGUGAGAAAAGUCAUCUUGUUGCUUAUACAGACAAAACGCGAGACAGAGAAAGCAAGACUGGUGAAAAGGCUGGAAAAGGACCCGACAUCGAGAAAAGUUUCAAUACCAAGGAAGAGGAUGAGUACGAGCAACAAGGGGGCAGUGUGGAAAAUAGUGAUAGGAAUAUUAACGUUGCAAAGGAAAACAGAUUAGAAGCUACAGACGGCAAUUUGAUUUCCAGGAUCUCUAGAACAAACGAAGAAGCUGAUGAAUUAAUGAAGAUGUCAAAUCCCGGUGGAUCAGAGGAAAGAGCAACAGAAAUUUUGGCCAUUGCUGAAACAAUGUUACAUCAAAAUUUGCCGCUGGACCACACGCCAGAGAAAUCUGAUUGGGAAGAGCACAUAAGGCUAAGAGAAACAGGACUGCUUGAUGAAGAGCGAAUGGGAAGAAGUCUUAUACGAGAGAAGAUAACAAUGCAAAAUGCAUUUGAUGAAGAAUUAUUAAAGGAAGCCGAAAAGCGUGCUUACUGGGACCGUGUGCUUGAAAUCAAGAGAGCAAGACGAAUGAGUGUGCAAAAGAGCAAAGAUAUGGCAAAGCAAAUGAAGGCUGAAAGAACUGGAAUAGAAGAGACAGCAGAAGAGAUCGACACUGUUAUCGAAGGAGAAAAGGAGGAAGAGAGUGAUUUAGGGUCUUCAUCUAAAGAGAAAAAUUUGCCUGCUCAAAAAUUUGAAGGGAAUGAGCAGCAAUAUACUGAAGAUAGAUUAGAGUUGGCGAUGGAAACAGGAAAAAAUCAGAAUAUGACAGGUGAUUUUAUUCAACAAGAAAGGGAGAAUAAACUGCAAAACGAAACCGAUGAUUCGAACACAAAUGUUACCAAAAGAGCAUCCCUGGAAUCCGCGCACAGCAUUACCGACGAAUCAACGCAGCAAAGCUGUGAAGACAUUCCUGAGGUAAGUCCACCUCAAGUGAAGAGGGAAGAAAAAACACAAAAGAAAGGAAAGAAAAGAGACAGGGGCAGACCGGCUGAAAAGAAAGACAAAGAAACAGAAGAAGUGACUAAGAAGGUUCCUUUGAUCAAAAUAACUGAACCAAGUACAGAAGUGUAUUUUGACUCGCAGGAUUUAGAAAUAGAUGAUGAUGACGAAAAAUUCAUCGAAGAAGUUUUGAAAAAGUUGGAAGAAAGAAAGUUAGAAAGAAAAAAACAAAGAGAAAUGGAACAGCAAGAAGAAGAAAAUAGGACACGAGGGAAAAAAUCUUCUGAUAAUUUUGAUGACCUUAAUUUUGAUGAAUCUAACAUGCAAGAAGAUGAAACCAACUCCGACGGUUUAAGAAGGAGAAGAGUCCAAUCAAAAUCAGACAAUCAGUUUGAUACAGAGCAACACGAUGCUGACAAUUAUUCUGGAAGGAGAGUAAAAGAAAAGAAUUGGGUUGAAAAUGAUACAGAAGAUGACGAUUUGUGUUUGGAAGAAAAAGGUUUUGAUGUCAGUAGAAAAUUAGAGACUUCAACUCCACAGGAGGGAAGAAGACAAAAGCGGGAAGCACGGAUAGAUUCCGAAGAUGGAAAGCAAAGACAAGGUAAGGAAAUAGAAAAAAUCGCAGGAUUUGGAGAAAGACGCCAAGAGUUUAAAGAAAAAAUUAGCGAUUCAUUGAUAGCUAACUAUGAUGAAAAUGAAAGUUUUGAUCAGGAAAUAGAUGAAUUGGAACGUAACCUAGACAAAAAGAUUGGAAAAUUUAUGAACGAAAUCGAUGGAGGUAGCGAGAAGAAAAGGACCCGUAACAGACCUUCCUCGGAUAGUGAGGGAAUUGAUAAUACUGAAGAAGGGAAAAGAAGAGAAAGUCGCAGAGACGGGAGACAAAAAAGAACAGAAGAUGAUAUAGAAGCUGAUGCAGAUGAUGAUGAAGAUACUAAUUCACUGUCACAGAGAGACAGAAGAAGGCGUGGGAGGGCUGACGAUGAAGAACAGGAAAUUAGAAGAAAUAGAGAGGACACUGAAUAUAAAGACAGGAGUCGAGGAAUAAAAGAAAAACUUGAAAAUCAGGAUGAAGUUCAGAGAAGAAGGGUGCGAAAAUCUUCAGAGAACGAAGAAGAGAGCAGCAGGGAGACCGUAACAAAGCCUGUCAAAGACAGUUCAGAUACAGAAAAUAGAUCGCUUAGAAGAAGAUCAAGAAGAAGAUCCGAAGAAUUUGAAUCAAAGACAGCAGGUGAGGCAGAAGAAUUAGAAACUUAUAGAGAAGAAACAGACUUACAAGAUGAAAUUGAGCAAGAUAACACGGAGUUGUCUGCAACACGUAGAUCAAGAAGAACAGGGAAAAGAAAAGAAGAAGAAUUAAUGACUCAUGGAGAGAAUGCACAGUUGGAAGCUGACAUUGAGCAAAAUAACACGGAGCUGCCUGCACCACGAAGAUCAAGAAGAACAGGGAACAGAAAAGAAGAAUUAAUGACUCGUGAAGAGGAUGCACAGUUAGAAGCUGACAAUGACACGGAGCUGCCUGCACAACGAAGAUCAAGAAAAACAGAGAAAAGAAAAGAAGAAGAAUUAAUGACUCAUGGAGAGAAUGCACAGUUGGAAGCUGACAUUGAGCAAAAUAACACGGAGCUGCCUGCACCACGAAGAUCAAGAAGAACAGGGAACAGAAAAGAAGAAUUAAUGACUCGUGAAGAGGAUGCACAGUUAGAAGCUGACAAUGACACGGAGCUGCCUGCACAACGAAGAUCAAGAAAAACAGAGAAAAGAAAAGAAGAAGAAUUAAUGACUCAUGGAGAGAAUGCACAGUUGGAAGCUGACAUUGAGCAAAAUAACACGGAGCUGCCUGCACCACGAAGAUCAAGAAGAACAGGGAACAGAAAAGAAGAAUUAAUGACUCGUGAAGAGGAUGCACAGUUAGAAGCUGACAAUGACACGGAGCUGCCUGCACAACGAAGAUCAAGAAAAACAGAGAAAAGAAAACAAGAAGAAUUAAUGACUCAUGAAGAGGAUGCACAGUUGGAAGCUGACAUUGAGCAAAAUAACACGGACCUGCCUGCACCACGAAGAUCAAGAAGAACAGGGAACAGAAAAGAAGAAUUAAUGACUCGUGAAGAGGAUGCACAGUUAGAACCUGACAUUGAGCGAAAUAACACGGACCUGCCUGCACCACGAAGAUCAAGAAGAACAGGGAAAGGAGAAAAUGAGGAGGAAGAACAAAAUCAACGGGCAUCUCGACGGAGAGUAAAAGAAGAUCGGGUCUCUUCAGACAAUGAAAACUUUCAGAAUGAAAAGGAAAGAGACGCCAAUACAAAAGUAACAGAUAAGAGAAGAGGAAAGGAAAAUGAAAAUUUAGAGAAAGGAAAGUAUUUAGAAGAUGCAAAUGAUAUGGAUGGAGAAAUUGACAACGAUGAGCAGGAUGGUAAAGAUACAAAGAGAGAAAGACGUGGUUCGUUUGGACAAGAAGAGAAGACGAAGAUAGAUGCUGGUGACGACAGAGAAGGUAACGCGAGAUCACGCAGAAGAAGACGUAAAGAUCCUGAAGAAUCCAACGAUUCAGAGAAAGAGACGACCAACGCUAAAAGUGAUGAACAAAGUAAUAUGGGUUCUAAAAGAAGAGACAGUUACGGAAACGAAGUAGACAAACACGAUGAUGUGACGCUAUCUAAGGAAAGAAGAGCAAGAGAUGCUAGAAGAACAUUAAAAAGUUCUGAUGUUGAAGCUCAGGAGAAAGAAGAAAAAGAAGUUAAUUAUAGAAGAAGAAGAAGUAAUGCACGGGAGCAAAAUACAACUGAGGAAAAUGUCGAAGAACACAAAGAAGAAAAAUUAAGGAGGUCUAGAAGAUCAGAAAAUAAAGAUGCGUGUGAGGAGACAACUCAAAAAUACAAUUCUGAAGCCCAGCUGGAUGAUGAAGAAGAAAUGCCGAGAAGAAGAAGAAGAGCAGAAAGGAACAUUAAUCAUGAAGAGCAUGAUGUUACAGAAGAUUUCAUACAGGACAGAGGGAAGGCGGAAGAUUUGGAUGCAGGAAGUAGCACUAGACAUACGAGAGAACCAAGGAGAAUGAAGGGAGUCAAAGCGGAGAUGAACACCAGUGAUAUAGAAACCAAAAAUGUUGAUUCAGACUACAGAGAAGACGAGGAAGAAGGAUUAGAAAAAAGAAGGUCACGAAAGAGAAGAGAGAUUAAUAAUAAGCAGCAACAUGACAGGAUAAAAAAGAACCAAGAAAACGAAGCAGAUGAUGUAAAUAAACAAGGAACACGCAAACGACGUGGGAACGAUAAAGAAGACGAAAACCAAUCAAAUCUCGAAGAGACAGAUAACUUAGGCAGGAAAAGUGAAGAAGAGGAAAUGGAAAGCGACUACAAAGUACCUAUGGCAGAUGAUGGCGAAGAUGAGGAAUUGCAUAUACAGGAAAAAGGGACAGGAAGAGGACGAAAGAAUAAGGACGUUGCUGUGUCUGAUAAAAACAACAAUAUGAAAGAGGUAAAAGAAAAAAGGGAAAAUCGUAUUAACAGACGCAGGUUAACAAGCGGGUCGGCCAGCCAAUACUCUUCUGAUGAUACGUUGAAAGGCAAAACCGCCAAUACCAGACGGAUGCGUCGAAAGUCUCCAACAGGAAGUGACGAAGAGUCAUUGCAAGUUUCUAGGACACCAAGUGAUGUUAAUUUAACAGAUGAAGAGGAAACGAGGACAAAGCAGAGAAGAAGUCCUUCCAGUACAGACCAUUACACAACGAGGCCUAAGAAAGAAAAAGAGGAUUUUGAUGAACUAGUUGGGGUUCCAAGAAGUCCAUCGUCACGAAAUUCGUGGAAAGGAGGUGACACAAGCAGGAGUGAGACGGAUAGAAGCGAGGCUGAAAGUGACUGGACACCAGCAUGGCAAAACAAACCUGAGCUGGGAUUGACAGAAGAAGAUAUAGAGAUGGUUGGCAGACGACGAAGAUCUUCAUCACGGAACGAAUGGAGAAGCGGUGACGAGAGAAGUGAGACAGAAAGCAUAGGUCAUCGUAGUAGACAAGGAAUUUCUGAUGUGGAUGGAAACUUUCACAGAAAAAAAGAAGAGGUAGAUAGGGUAAGAAGAAGUUCCGUGGAAAGUAAGUCAUCAGCAGAUAAUUCGAAAAGGAACCGAAGAGAACCUGAGAGUGUCCCGGAUGAAGAGAGUAGAGAGCAGUACCCUGGAAAGGGGAGAGACAACGAUGACAAAUAUGGAAAAUCUACUGAAGCUGAGGACAAAAGAAGUUCUAAUCAGAUUAAAAAAGGUAGCAAAUUAGGCCGACCAAGCAAGGAAUCAUUAGACCAAAUGGUAGGGUGUAUCAGGAGCUCGUCAACAAGAGACGAUUGGAGACGAAUACAAGAGGAGUGAAGAGCAUUUUUGUAGCUAGAAUGAAUCUUUAAAAAGAUUGAAACUUAUUGUAAAAACAAGCUGUAAAGCUUAAAUUGAUGUAAAAGCCACUGUCUUGUUUACUACGUAUGAACUAGUUUCUGAUUGUUCUAGUUGGAAAAUUGGAGUCAUCUUUUGAAGGAAUAUUGCUGAAUUUGGAUGUCCAAGCAUAAAAUACCAAUAUAUAAGAGAGUGCUAGUCUUUUUAGUAGCAAUAUGACUAUACCAUCUUCAGAUACAAGUAAUAACUCCCAAAAAACAUUUUUAGGUACUGGGGUGUGAAAGGCAACAAGGGAUAACCAACAGACAAAACAAUAUUUGAGCUUCUAACCUCUUGUGUUAGAACCAAUUUUCUCACAAUGGAUACAUGCAUUUCAUUUCCAGAAGUAAACAUUUCCAGCAGGAGUGCAUUUCUCAAUAAAUAUACGCUUCUUUUGGCUUGUUUGAUCAUUUGGGUAAACAGAAGAUAUUUUGUAAUUUUUACUAUUUUUAACUACCGUAAGAUUUUGUGUUUUCAUACAUUCUUCUUAUACCGUGUUUUAUAUGAAUUCCUGCAAAACUGUAGAUUUAAUAAAAUGUAUGCCUUUGGUAUGAAAACGUUUAGUGUAUUAGUGAAUGACAGGUUAUGUUUGUGUUUAA